AACAUAACCAUACUCGCUCUCCUUCUCGGAAUCCUCGAAUGUGGUCAACCUUGCUCCGUAAACUGCCGGCAUUUUGUCGUGAGACAGAUAGACAAUUCCGGCUGGUUUUGCUUGUGGAUUUCAAGAUCUGAUCAACAGAGACAGUAGAAUUAUAACGAUAGCGAUUAAAACCCUAGAGUUUCAAUCUGCGAAUGCAAAGCGCCAACUCACAGAGACGAAGCCAGAGAAGAGAGAAGGGGAGAGCUUGAUUAUGUCACCUGUGUGUACUUGAGUGAUAUGAGAACUCUACCACUCUUUUUACAAUCUGCAUAAAUGGACACAGGACGGAACGAUUAUACCAGUUUGGGUUGUGGGGAGGAGUAACCUGUGCACAUUCCCAUCGUAGAGGAUGCAGUUUAGCUGUUUAUGAAGAGCUUCAAUUUCGAAGAAUCGAAGUCUAUGAACUUGGAACGAGGAAACAAGGAACGGAGAGGAAUCCGAACAUGGAAUAGGAACAGAGAUAGGAACUAGGAUAAAGGCGAGGAAGCGACACCCAACGCAUUAAAGAAAUCGGGAUCUUCAAGGUGCAUUCUAGAUGGGAUUGCUGUUGUUCUUCAGUAUAUCACUUUUUAUCAUCUGGGUAGCUUCACUUUGUAAAAUUUACUUUGCAUCUUCAUCGCAGCGAAAUGACGUGUUUGUGACUGAUGCUUUUAGCAAGAGAACUGUAUUGCUCAUUAUUGCUCACCCUGACGACGAGUCUAUGUUCUUCACUCCUACAAUAAGCUACCUGAAUGCAAGAGGGCAUAAUCUGUACUUGUUAUGUUUGUCAGUAGGUAAUGCAGAUGGUAUGGGAAACAUUAGAAAAGAUGAACUCUAUCGUGCUUGUGCAGUCCUCAAGGUUAAUCUUCAACAGGUGAAGGUUCUGGAUCACCCAGAUUUGCAGGAUGGUUUUGGGCAAGUCUGGAACCAUAAUCUCUUGGCAGAUAUCAUUGAAGAGGAAGUUAGUAGUCAUGGUAUUGACUUGAUUAUUACAUUUGAUAGCUAUGGAGUUUCUGGUCAUUGCAACCAUCGUGAUGUGCAUUAUGGGGUAUGCAAAUUUAUGUAUGAUUCUCCACAAAGAAAUGUUGAAGCCUGGGAACUUGAGGGGAGGAAGAAAGAUCAAGCUGGGGAUGCUGAAACUGCUCUGAAGGCCCAGAUUUAACAAUGUUUUUCUACUUUUUUUUUUUUUAACCAUUAACUGCAUAAAAUCUCAAUAUUUGAUUUCCCAUAGAAUUUAGUUCUUUAAAAACGGAUUCAAAAAGAGCGUUUUUUCUGGUCAAGAUCUUAUAGUGGUAUCAUCACCUUAUUUUGUAUUUUAAUUGAGGCAUAGCGUUAAACCAUGGUCCAAAAGUAUAUAAUUUUUCAGAUCUGUUCAAUUAAAUUGCAUGUUUUGAGUGCAUACCCUUGUUCUUUUCCUUCAACCAUGAAAUUAUUCAACCUUAUAGUUGCUCUUGCUUGACAAAUCCUCUUGGUCUCCGUGAUUCACAUACUUGAUAUUAGUUUUUUCUCCUUCUCGCUGAUCAUUUUUAGGUCAGUAUUAACAAAUUACGCAAGUAUAGUGGGCCCCUUGACAUUUGGUCGUCCAAGUUAUGUGCCAUGUGUUACCGUCGUCAAAUGAUGCAUUACAUACUUAAUGAGGAUCCCAAAAAGAGCUUCCUUGCAAUGGCACAACACUCAAGCCAAUGGGUUUGGUUUCGCAAGCUUUUUGUUCAGUUUUCAAGUUACACUUAUGUGAACUCGUUAAGAAAGAUCAAGUAAUUAUACAGGGGAGAUAAUGGAAAUGAUCUAAAACCAUGAAUAUGCAACUUGUAGUUGCACCCAGCCUUGAAUUUAGUAACAGCACAUCACACCUUGUUUUAUCACUUGCAUCCCACGGAAGCAAAAGAAUCCAGAGGGAGCUCGAAGAACUAGAAAAUGAUCUCUGAUGUCUGAGUGGGAUGUUGGAUUGAAGAAAUGCAGAAGUAGAUUUUGGGGAUGUGUAUUUAAAUUUGGGAUAUAUGUACUUGAAAGAUAUUAAAUUCAUGUACUUUUGAAAAAUGAAAUUCAAGCAUUUAGAAACAUUGAAUGUGGAUGAAAUAUAACAAUCCUGUUUUU